AUGCCGUCAUUUUCCAUGCCGCGGGGCUCGUGGCUACUGCUAAUCGCAGUAUGCCUGAUUCUGCUUCCUGGCAAAGCUGAGGCUUUUGGUGCUGGAAAUAUCCCUUCAAUCGCUCAGGUGGAAGGUCACAACUGGCGCCAUGGAGACAUUGAGGAUAUGCUCGAAACGAUCGCAUUCCUUCAUGGAAAGAAAUGGACUUCUAUGCUUAUCAAACGUACUUACUUCGGAAAUUGGCUACGUGACUACUCGCAGGCUGUUGAUGUUGGCAGUCUGAAGGGUGUCAAUGCCGAGACAAUUCGCAUUUUGGUUUGGGUUCUCUCAUUUAUGGCUCAUGGCUACGCUACCGGGGAAUUUGAGGUUACCGCCGACCGUCUCGGAGUCUACCGCCCAGAAGAACAUAUCGACAACCCUCUCGGAUACGGAGAGGGGCUCGAUGCGCGUACCUUCGAUAAAAGAUUGCGAGGCCCUGUAGAACAAAUAGAGACUGAAAUCGACUCUCGCACAGGUAUGAAGAACUACAUUGCGAACGAAAGUGGAAACUGGGCAACCAGCGCGGCCUAUUUGCGAUACAGCUUCGCACGAAGUAUCCACUAUGGUCGACUUUACACCAGCGGAUCCAAGAAAGGAAACGAAGAUGACCUCUGCGAAGCUCUGAGAUGCCUCGGCCAGGCGCUGCAUACUAUGGAAGAUUUCAGUGCCCACAGCAACUACUGUGAGCUUGCUCUUCGCGAGCUUGGCUACAACUCUGUGUUCACCCAUUGCGGUUCGCACACUGAGAUCAAGCUUCGUGGAAAGCGUGUCUAUCCUCUCGUAACCGGCACCUUUGGAGCUGUCGAUUUCCUUCAUUCCGUGAUUGGAGAAGCCUCGGAUCACUUCACUCAGUCCGAGGUCGAUGAAGUCGAAGUUGCACUCAAGAACGCCGAAGGUAGUAGGUCCGGAGGCGGCGGAGGCGGUGGUGGUGGCGAACGGUCGCUUCUUGGAGGAUUUCUCGGAAUCAACUCUAGCCCCUCAGACUUUAUUGGUUUGGUAUCGAAACUUCCUGGUGUCGGCGAUGGGUUCGCUUCUCAAGCCAGGGAUCUCAAGGCAAGCUCUGAGGCCCAAGAACAGCGCAACAGGGGCUACGAACAAAGCCGUGGUGACUUGACUCGUGACAACGCCAACCAAGUGCCCGGUAUGAGCCCUGACUUCGAUCCCGUUGAAACCGCACGCAAGAUCUACCCCAUUCUGGAAUUCCGCGACAAGAUCGUCAAAGCCAUCAGUCGCGGUAUCUCUAAGGUCCCAGGCUUGGAGAAACUUCUCGAGAAGAUUAGCGAGACCCUUACUGCUUUUAUACUCGGUCUCCUGGCCCCUUUCAUUCGACCCAUCAUUAACCAGGUGUCAAAGUGCCUUAAGGAUGGUUCAUCCAGUGUCAUCACUGCGAGCGCCAAGUCUCAGUAUGAGCCUUGGGACAACCCUCAGUGCUCUGACCCAACCCAUUCCAUGUUGUCCAAGGACCAUUUUACAAACAUCCUUAACUCAUGUGCUGGACGUAUCGCUGCCACUAUUCUCCAGUACACAGUUCCUCGUGUUCUCUUUGCAUGGGAAAACACUGGUGUCUCUGUCGACGAGGUCGUUAACGACGUCCUCCGUGCCUUCCAUCAUCCUGCGGCGCGCGACGAUCAGGUUGAGAUUCAGCGCGAUAUGUUCAAAACCGUGAAGAAGUGGGCAGAUGAGCACCCUCGCCGCCACGAACUCGCCCAUCUUCUCUCCUCUGACUCGGUCAAGAAUCACAAGAACCACAUUCUCAACCAAGUUCAGGGCUCAAGCCGCACUAUCGGUGGCGGUGGUUGUAACCACGGCACAUUUGGCGAUAUGGCCAAUGCGGGACAUGGCAAGGUCGCAGGAUCCUUGUGGUCGCAAGUCAAGACCCGAGAUCUAGACUCCAUGGAGGGUAGAGACGGUAACCCAGCCACAGGCUACAUGUCGAACUCUCCUGCACCACCAAGUCAGACUUCAUUUGACUAUGGACAGAACCCCAGCUACGCACAAUCCAACUCUGGAUACUCACAGCAAGGCGGGUACAAUGCCCCUCCACCGCAGCCUUCAUACAAUGCGGGCUAUGGCGCUCCUCCUCCUCAACCACAAUAUGGAGCUCCCCCUCCCCAGCAAUACGGGGGUCCCGGUUACGGAGCCCCCCCUCCCCAGCAAUACGGAGGUCCUGGCUACGGAGUCCCCCCUCCUCAGCAAUAUGGUGGUCCUGGUUAUGGAGCACCUCCUCCUCAGCAGCCUCCGUAUGGCCACCAAGGCUAUGGUGGACCACCUCCUGGCCAGCAACCCCCUGGUUGGAAUCAGUAUCCUGGCUCACGACACGGCUACUAG